AUGUCCGGCUCCCGCGUCAGUGGCAGCUCCCUCGGUCCACGGACGGUGGUAUCCAGUUUGCGGAACCUCCCGCCAGGUCUGAAACCUUGGCCCAUCAUCGGCAACUUCGACCUCAUCGGCGCGCUGCCGCACCGCUCCAUCCACGAGCUCUCCGGAAAGUACGGCCCGCUCAUGCACCUCCGCUUCGGCUCCUUCCCCGUCAUCGUCGGCUCCUCGGUCGACAUGGACAGGUUCUUCCACAAGACCCAGGACAUCCUCUACGCAGAUGACCCCACCCUCGAGGUCCAGCAUCGAGAAACGCUAGUCGAAAAGUAUGCAAUGAGUUGGGCCUAUGCCAACACCGGCCACCGCGCAGCAUCGUCCGUCGACGCGGGCAACCUCGUGGACCUCGCCCCCGUGGAGUUGGGGAACGUUAUGCUCUUCAUCGUAUCCGACAAGAUCGACGAGGCCGAGCUGCAGUGCACCGAGACAUUGCUCCGCCUGCACGGCGCUUGUGACGAAGAACACCACUACGCAUGCACGAAGCUUCCCAGGGCACCACGUCGUCUACAAUUAAUGCUAACAUUUGACACCCUCAUGGAGCACAUACUCGAUCUCGACGAGCACAUCCUAGGCAAGCAGUGCUGCCAUGAAGGCGAGGCGGCGAGGGACAUGGUGGACGUGCUCAUGGACAUCGCCGAUGACCCCACCCUCGAGGUCCAGUACGACCGUAUCGGUGUGAUGGCCUUCACGCAGGACCUCAUCGCGGGUGGCACCGAGAGCUCCGCCGUCACCAUGGAAUGGGCCAUGUCAGAGCUCAUGAGGAGGCCCGCAGCCUUCGAUGCAGCCACCGAGGAGCUCGACCGCGUCGUUGGUCGUGACCGCUGGGUGACCGAGAAGGACAUGCCGAACCUGCCCUACAUUGAGGCAAUCGUGAAAGAAUCCAUGCGCAUGCACCCCAUCGUGCCGCUCCUCAUCCCGCGCAUGGCCCGAGAGGGCGCCACCAUUGAUGGCUACGACAUCCCCAAGGGUGCGCGUGUGCUCAUCAACGUGUGGGCCAUCGGCCGGGACCCGGAGUUGUGGGACCCACCGGAGGAGUUCAUGCCGGAGAGGUUCCUGGGGAGCAAGAUGGGUGUGAUUGGGCAGGAUCUCGAGCUGCUGCCGUUUGGGACCGGUAGACGGAUGUGCCCCGGCUACAACCUCGGGCUGAAGGCGGUGCACUUGAGAUCGAUGACGCCGACGCCGGCGGAAUCGUUCGCCUUUGCCGCAUCAUUUGUGGUCUCUGCACUUUCGACUCCUCUGCUCCGGGCACGAAUUGGAAGGAAGGCUGAAGCAGAGUACCCCAGCCAGCCAAUGUACUAA